CAAUCGUUAUUAAUUUUCCAUUUUUCGGUUUAAAAUCACAUUAAUCACAAUCCACAACACUCGACCAACUACGACGACAACAAUAACAUACAACAGCUGAACACUGAACAGCCAUAGCGCAUUAGCGCUGAUCAUUUCUGCGAUAAUAAAUAAUAAAUAAUAAUAUUAUGUUUUGGCGGACCCCACUAAUGAUCAUGGGAGGUAUCUCGACGAUAAUGGUACGACAGAAUUCGAGGUUAUUAGUGGUUUGCGGCCCGUCUGGCUCAGGCAAGUCGACACUGCUUCGUAAACUGUUUGAUGAGUACCCCGAUAAGUUUGGUUUCUCAGUAUCACACACCACCCGAUCUCCAAGGCGUUUCGAAGUAGAUGGCCAACACUAUCAUUUCACCACCAAGGACCAAAUGCAAGCAGCUAUCGAUCGAGGAGACUUCCUUGAGCAUGCUACCUUCUCCAACAACAUGUAUGGCACCAGUCUUAAAGCAGUACAAAACGUUCAAAAGUCUGGCAAGAUAUGUGUUCUUGAUAUUGACAUGCAAGGAGUCAUUCAAAUUAAAAAGAUUGCUUCCCUGAAACCAAUCAGUGUGUUUGUCAAACCUCCUAGUAUUGGUGAACUCGAAAUACGAUUGCGUAGACGAAAUUCAGAGUCUGAGGAUAAUUUACGAGCUAGAUUGAAUGUCGCACAACAAGAAAUUAACUAUGGAGAAACACCUGGAAACUUUGAUUGUAUUAUAGUAAAUGAGUCUUUAGAUAAAGCAUACAAUGCUUUCAAAGAAUUUGUUUUAAAGUCCUUUGAAAAUAUAGAAAAUUAAGUAUACAGUUAAAUAAUACCUAAAGUAUUCAGUAUUCAAAACUCAGUCAGUAGAUUUUAGUUAUUAUAUUUGUAAAAUGUUUUUGUACUUAAAUAUUAUUAUAAAAACAUUCUAGAAUAAUGUUAUACCUCCUUAUGCUAUAAUUAAUUUUUAA